AUGGGGAUGAGAGAGUGCCGGGCACCAGCAAAGAUGCCCCCCAAUGCCCUGGUCCCGGAUGGCCUCAUCGAGCAUCUGAGCCUGACUUUAGUCCUGGGCAGCCACAAGCUGGGGGUCUCCCUCCCUCAUCGUUCAUCGUCCAAACAACCCAAACAACCUCUCUUUCCUUUCCUUUCCUUUUCAGGAGCAGAGGAGGGGAGACCUGGUGGGAGGAAGGCCAUCACCUCCAGCAGCCGCGAUGUGGCCCGGAAGCUGCUGCUGCCUCCCCUGGUGGUGCCUGGGGCCACCCGUUCCCUUGAUGGCCCAGCCCCUGUGGCUGGACCACCAACGGAACGGGUGAGGAGGCCUCCAAAAAGAUCUAAGAGGCCUCCCCAGGAAGCCCAGAGCACCCAGGGGGAGCCGGCACGGGAGGGCAGCCCACCAGCCCUCCCGCGGAGGAUCAGGGCCACUCGGCGGGAGGCCAAAGCCCCGGGUGGGAGCGUGCCUUCUGGGGAGAAACUCCUUCCCCACCUGGGGGAGGGGAGUCUCCCCAGAAGGAGGCUGGAGGCGGCGGCGGCGGAGCGGGCAAAAACACUUCAGCCCAUCCCCAGGAGGAACCUGGUCCUUGGGGAGCCUGGGAAGGACUUCUUCCCACUGGGGAAGGGCCGUCCUUCUGGCUUGUCCGGGGAGACGGCUCCUCCCCAGACUUCUUUAAAAAACCACCCCCGGAAGAAGGCCCUGACCGCGAUGGGCCGGCCUCUGCUGAAGCCCUUACCAUCAUCCUGGCAUCCGCCAGAGGCUCAGCAGAGGCCCGACCUGUUGCCAGCGCUAUCUAUCCGAGCGCUGAGGCUCCCCAAGGCAGAGCCAGCCCCUUCCUCCUGGGGGACUCCGCCGCUCCCCUCCAGCUCUGUGGCCCGUCCACCGCCACCACGCUCCUGCCCGAAGACACACCCCGGGGGAGAGAGACGACCACCUGCUCCUCCCCUGGGGUCGUGUCUUAUGGUGCGAGGCCUCCGCGCACGGCCUGAUCCUCCGGUGCCGGGCAGCAGCGGUGGAAGGGUCCCACCAAACACACCCUUCGCGCUGCUGGAGGGGGCCUUCCACUAGGUCUCUCCAACUCUCCCUGCCAUGGUGAAGGGGCCUGGCCAAAGAAUGAAGCCUCAUCGGCUGGUGGUUGAAGGUAAGCCCUUGAAAAAAUUUCCUAUGGUCUUCUAAUCUUGCUUUCCUCUUUUCCGGCUUCUUUCUUCUUCUCCCUCUUCACUCCCCAUCUGACACAACUCCCCAACUCUGACACAAUCCCACCACAUAUGUUUAUAAGAGCCUAACUCCAUACACCCUCUCCAACAGUUGACAUUAGAGAUGUUUUUUAUCUUCGCCAACUUCCUUGGGGCCAUAUGCCAUUAAGAUAAUAUUUUAAUCUUUUGCUCCCAUAUUCUAACAUAACUUGUCCAUUUUAAAGGUUUAUUUAACUUAACCCAAUUGAUUGAGUCUGUACAAUUUCCUGUAUCCUGUUCCCAGGAAGGUUUUAUUCCUAAAAAUGAGAAAGCAUCAAGAUUCAACAAGAUAUUAUAUAAUUUUGAGGUAGCUCCACAGGGGUUAACUGAUAACUCUUCAGACAGCUGCUCAAAUGUGACCAAAGAGUGAGUUGCAGCCAUUUUAAACUCAGAAUAUUAUAACUGAAUUAUUUCUAUAAUUGUCAAUAACCAAAAUUUAUCAUUCACUGAAGUUAAUCAAUCUAUCCUUUUAAUCAACCGAUCUUUGGCAAAUUUGAGGUCCUUGAGUAGAAAUCCUUUAGAGAUCCAAUUUUCUCCUCAAUGCCACCAAUAUUCUUUGGAACAGGACACAUUUCCAGACAUCUAUGUCUUCAUUUCUAAUAAGGGUGACAUCACUGGAAGCAACUUAUUUUGCCAUUUUUUGGCUUCAAGAACGUGUCCUCCUGUAUCCCAGCACCCACCGCCACCCCCACAGCCCACCAGGAGUGGGAUUGCUGUAACCAAGCAGAAAAGCUGGGGAAACGACGCUCAAUGAAAGCCCUUCUGUUAACAGAAGUGUGUUGAGGCCCCAUUAGCCAAAUCCCUGAAGAGAUCAGUCAGAGGGCCAGCACCAGAGAUGCUUUCCCUCAUGACCGGAUGUCAGUAGCACUCUGGAAGCAGGAGGGUUUCACUCCCCACCCUUAAUGGACCAUGCAGCUGGGAAGCAACAGCAAGAGAGAGAAUUUCAUGACUGUCUCUUUUCUUGCUUUUAGUUCCGUCGCUCCCCUGGAGGAACUGGAGACGUAUCCAAGGGACUUGGACAUUGGCCUGGUCUCUCCCAAGAGACUCUCCAGCAAGAUCUCCAGUGACUCUCUGGCAGAAGACCCGAUUGCUGCUGGAAGGUGGGACAGUUUAUGGGUGGCCCCCGCCCACAAAGCAAUGGGACAGAUCAGACUGUGGAUCUUCCCAAGGCUCUGAGUGUUGUGAUUCUAGCAUUUCGUUCUGAGGGUCAUCAAUGGCACCGUUGGUGAAGAGAAGUCCUAAGGAACUGUGGCUCACAUCAGGACAAGAAGAAGAGGAGAGACGUAGCACAGCCCCAGCGUCUGGAUGGUCAGCUCUGGCAAGGGGUCGAGCCUCUGCUGAGCUGAUGGCAGCUGCCAAGAUCAUCGGGGUCAGGGUCUUCUUCCUCGGGAUGGUAUUUGAAGAGGACUGGAGAGGAACCUUCUCCCUGGAAGGAUAGUCCUGCUCCUGUGGGAAGAAGCCCCACCCAGGCUUCCUAACAUGUGAUAGACCUGGAUUAAGUUAGCGGGGCGGGGCGGGGCGGGGUCAGAGUUCUAAUCUUUGGACCUUGCUAUGCCUGUGGCACCCUUGCUGAACUCUCUUUGCUACUCCGCUUAGCUACUCCGCUUAGGGGCAGUUCCGUGCCCCCUUGAUCCCCUUCCCCAGCCAUGACCCAUUCAAACUUGCCUGGCUUCAAAGCCUUGUAAAUAAAUGGAGAGGACAUUUUCCUAGCUGCCAAGAUGAAGGAGAACUGGUCCAAAUGGCGAUCCAAGUUGAGGUGCUUCCUGGCAACUUGACCAAAUGCUAAUUCCGUUCUGGAAGCUUCAGAGUGAAGCUAAUCUGCUUCACUCAUCAUAACUGAUUGCCACCCGCCAUGAGAUGUGGCCGUCCCAUCGGGGUCAGGGUCGCCUUCCUCUGGAUGGAUGGCUGUUGAAGAAGCCCGGGGAGGAGCCGGCUCCCUGGACAGGCCAGGAGGACGGUCCUGCCCCACUGGGAAGAAGUCCAGCCCAGGCUCCCCGAGGUCCAGGCUCCUCCUGGGGAUGGGCUCUAAUAUCCUGGCGCGAUCCACCGCAGCCUCCAGCCUCCUUCCCAGGCAGGGAAGGGGAGACUCAUGAAGAAGGCAUGAAGAAAGGAAAGAAAUGUUAUUCCGAGUGGUUUCUCAGCUUUAUAUGCUGCCAAAAUUCACAUCUCCAGGAGGUUUACAUGAUAAAAGGAAUCUCUAGGUGGUUUGCAUAGACGCUUUGCAUUCUUACUUGGACAAAAGCAAGCCUCAGAAUUUCAGAACUGCAAAUGUUAAGUAUGUUUACCAUGAAAGAUGGUGGGGGGUGGGGUGGGGGGUGGGGGGAGAGACACCGCUUGUGGCUGCCCAGAACUAGCUCUUCUUGGGAAUAGCUGGGCCCUCAAGCAAAGAGGUGGGUUCCGGUGAGGCCUGCUUGGUACUGGCCCCAGGCACCAGGGCAGGCGGCAGCAGCAGCCUCUGGAGCACCAUGUGGUUGCUGGAGGUGAUGUGCCAGAUCUUCUCCCAGAUCUCUCUUCCUGCGCUCCUGAUAGGAAAAAUAAGUUGUUUUUAUUGUUCAUACCUGUAUAUGCUGCCAAAAUUCACAUCGCAAGGUGGUUUACUUUUCCUCUUCAAAUUUGUUUGGAUUAAGAGCAAAUAAUAUGCAACCCUUUCUUUCAUUUGUUGUAAUUCUGGUGUAGAACUGUAUUUUUCCCCUCCCCCCACCUUGGCUAAUGCAAUAGAUUUAUGUUUUUGACUGAAGACAAAUUCUUCUAUUUGUAUUUGUGAGAAAAUAAAAAGACAGUAAAAACA